AUGUGCGAUCGGACGUUGAGGUCGUCAGUCUCGACGACCGACCGCACUGUGUUGUUCACGCUGCGGUCUCUAGUCGAUCUUUCUCCUCUUUCCUCCUCUGGAAAUCCGAGUUGUACUCGGAAAUCCACGCACUUUUCAACCUUAGACUUCGAUAAGAACGUGGUCGCUCUUCCCCAGCGCGCCGUCUUCGACUUCGCGGCAACUACGAGCAUGCCCACACGUACUGAACGGCCACGGUCCUCUCUGUUGCCCACGGCAUACGAAUGCGAGCCCGCGCUGUCGUUCACCCCGAACCAUCGCCCUCCCAGCACCCAACGCGUCAAGCUGUCCAUGCAGACCCACCUCAUCUGCCGCCCACUCCCUUGCCCGAUCACUGUGGCUCACGAAUGCUCGAACGCAUGCAGGAGAUGUCAACCCAGUGGUGGCGGCACUCCAGGAGGAGGGAGGGAAGGUUGGAUGGCAUUGGAUGGGUGCCGUAGGCCUGCCACAUCUGCCACCCACUCCUCUCCGAUCACCACGGCUCUCGAGCGCGCGGACGCUUACAACAGAUGGCGACCGGGCGGCGGCACUAUAGGAGGAGGGACGGUUAGGUUGGAUGGCAUUGGACGGACACCUCCGCCCUCGUUCGACCGCCCUCGCGCGCUCUGCCGACUCGACGACUCUCGCAUGAGCCCACGCGAGGCAUCGUGCGCCCGCGCUUCUCAAAUUGCCCCUCUCUUGUCGCCUUACACAGCGACUAGCCGCUCGCUCGUGCGUGCGACCCCCCCCGCGUUCUUCGUUCCUCGCACUGCCUUCCUCACGCCCUACACGAUGAGCCGAUCGCGCAGGCCUGCCCUAUCUGCUGCCCAUGCCCUCGCUCGAUCAGCACGGCUCACGAGCGCACGGACGCAUGCAAGAGAUGGCGACACGGCAGCGGCGACACCGCAGGAGGAGGGCAGAUAA